ACUCACUCAACACACUAUGCCACCAAAAGCAGAUUGGGAUAAAUACAUACCCAACGAGGAUGAUGAGGCCAAUCAAGAAAAGAUUGUGCCUUUGAGUGAAGGAGACAUUCAGGUACUUAAGACAUACGGUGCUGCUCCAUAUGCGUCGUCCUUGAAGCAAAUCGAGAAGGAUUUGAAAGAUAUCGAGGACAGAAUCAAAGAGAAUAUUGGUGUCAAGGAAAGCGACACCGGGUUGGCCGUGCCCCACUUAUGGGACAUCAUGGGCGAUAAACAAAGGAUGAACGAAGAGCAGCCUUUGCAAGUGGCCAGAUGUACCAAGAUUAUUGAGGCUACCAACCCUGUUCCUCAACCGGGAUUGUUACAAAAUGCUGACAAUAAGCUGAAAUACGUGAUAAACAUCAAACAGAUAGCCAAGUUCGUGGUGGGAUUGGGUGAACGGGUCAGUCCUACCGAUAUCGAAGAAGGCAUGAGAGUCGGGGUCGAUAGACAAAAGUACGAGAUCCAGUUGCCUUUACCUCCUAGAAUCGACCCAUCGGUGACGAUGAUGACGGUGGAGGAAAAACCUGAUGUCACAUACAGCGAUAUUGGUGGUUGCAAAGAGCAAAUCGAGAAGUUGAGGGAAGUGGUGGAAUUGCCAUUAUUAUCACCUGAACGGUUUGUCAAGCUUGGUAUCGACCCCCCCAAAGGAAUCUUAUUGUACGGACCACCAGGUACCGGGAAAACUUUAUGCGCCAGAGCGGUUGCCAACAGAACUGAUGCCACAUUUAUAAGGGUAAUUGGGUCUGAAUUGGUGCAGAAGUAUGUUGGUGAAGGUGCAAGAAUGGUGAGGGAAUUAUUUGAAAUGGCUAGAACCAAGAAAGCAUGCAUUAUAUUUUUCGAUGAAGUCGACGCCAUUGGAGGAGCCAGAUUUGAUGAUGGGGCUGGAGGAGAUAAUGAGGUACAAAGAACCAUGUUGGAGUUGAUCACGCAAUUAGAUGGCUUCGACCCCAGAGGUAAUAUCAAGGUGAUGUUUGCAACCAAUAGACCAAAUACCUUGGAUCCUGCUUUGUUGAGACCCGGAAGAAUCGAUAGAAAAGUGGAGUUCUCAUUACCUGACUUGGAGGGCCGAGCUAAUAUUUUCAGAAUUCAUUCCAAGACCAUGAGCUGUGAAAAGGGUAUCAGAUGGGAGUUGAUUUCCAGAUUAUGUCCUAAUGCCACCGGAGCUGAAUUGAGAUCAGUAUGCACGGAAGCAGGAAUGUUUGCCAUUAGAGCUAGAAGGAAGGUUGCUAAUGAAAAGGACUUUUUGAAGGCAGUUGAAAAAGUUAUCAAGGGUAACUUGAAGUUCAGUUCCACCAGCCAGUACAUGCAAUACAAUUGAUUCAAUGAGUAUACACCAUUUUAUAUACAUAUAAUAUUAAGAACGUCUAGUCCCACCACGAUACACAUCCCGUACCGGCCGCUUGGCACGACGCGUAAAUGGCAUACGGAGGAGUCCGAUUGGUCUUCUGGGCCUCAUCCUCUUCAGGAUCUCUUGUAGUAGAAUUAUCGGUUCGAGGCUUGAUAUUGUAAAAAGCUUCCUCUUCAACCCGAAACCGGAUCCGUUCGUUGAGAUCUAUGAACAACUCAUUCUCGUCAUCGGGUUUCCAACACCAUGCUCUUUCCACGCCUUUGAACUCACAGUUUUCGAAUAGCAUCUCUUUGCGUAUAAAGAUUUCAUCGAAAAAAUCAAGUUUCACUUUGAUUCCUUCCACGUUACAAUCAGUCACAACCCCUUCCAACAACUCACCGAUGAAUGGCUUCCACACGAUCAUGCGGAAGGUGAUCUCGACGUGCGACCCACCAUCUCCAGGCCUGAGGAGCCCUUCUUUGAUGUCUUCGAUGUCCCAUAUACUUAUGGCAAGUCCGACGUUGUGGAUGAUUUUGUUGCUGUACUUUUUGUGUAUUUCAUUGGUAAGUGCCUGGUGGAUGGGUACGUUGAAGGUAUGCGGCGGAAGGCGUAUUAGGUCCGAGAGUUUUGUAAGAAUGAACAUGUGGAAGAUGUUAUGAAGUGUGA